CUGUAUUUUAUCAUGACUAGCUAUUGUAAUUGGAGGAGUACAGUAUCUACUUAGACAUGAAAGCAAACAAUGAUGGUCGCGCCACAACCGGGUGGUUCGCUGUGCUUGUUUGCAAAGUCUCCCACGUGCGUCGAGAUGACAAAGUCUCCCACGAGUGGAGGCGCCAUGGUGGGAGACGGAGUAGCCCGCUAGAGGCAUUCGCGAGCGUGGAGGGACUCGUCUAACGUCGAGUUGCGGUUCGUUCUGACAAUGACUUCAACCACGUCGCGACUCGGACUCAUUACGGCUAUCGUACUACAACACAGGUCGUGGUACGCGCCUUGUCAGGAGAUCGACCUACGAUUCUGAAGCCGAGUAGCACAGGAGUUGCCGAUUUGCGCCCGCCUACAACAUCUUUCUUCAAGAAAAAAUUAUGCUUCUCAAGUAAACUCGAGGUUGCAUGGCAUGCGUCUGAGUACAAACCACUGCUCUUCGAAGGGAUUCAAGUAGAAGCAAUCAGAACUAUUUGAUAGAACAACGAUCGAGGAAGAAAACAGAAUCAUCACUAUUAAGUGCAGAACAUGAACAAGAACAGCCAAAGUAGAAAGAACCAGAACAAGCUGCCCCAUCAAGUAGAACAAUCAUUACAUCGUCGGACAUCAGCACAAGUGGGUGGAAAGGUGAAGUCGGUGGUGGAGAAAGGUGAAGUCGGUGGUCAUUCAAGAUGGGUGGUAAGGUGAAGUCGGUGGUGGAGAAGGGUGACAAGGGAGACAAACCCUCAGCACGGUUUGGUCAUACGGCGACGCUUGUCGGAGACAAGGUCAUAGUCUUUGGAGGAUGCUUGGGAGACAUGAAAGAUUAAGGCAGGCUGAUUACUGGAUGUUUGACUAUUAGAAUUGCAUUUUAGCUACUUUGAGGAUUGCUAAUCGAAUUUCGAAAAAGUGUUGGCAGCACUGUUGAUGAAAAUGAAAGACAUCUUUGGAGCAGCAGGACCGCAUUAAUUUUCAGAAGUGACCAUCGGAAUCCAGAAGUAUUUCACUACGACACGGGAUCGUCAGGUGUUUGAUUUUACCUUUCUAAAUACAGUACACAAUCACUGGGGAUGGGUACACGCUGGACCUCAGCAACAAACAGUGGUCGAAACUUCAGGCGGAUAACGGUAUUAUAGUGAAUAAUUUCUUUAUAUGUUGAUCGGUUUCUGGCUCUACUCGAGCCUGUUUCGUCCCGGACAACACGGCAUGGCCGUAGAGCCGCGGACCUUCAACCUUGAACCUUGAACCUUUUUGUUUUUUUAUUUCGUGCUGUAAAUAUGUUUGUCUUUCUUAGGCGAGUCGCUUUAUUUCUGCUUGAGCAUUUUGGUUUAAGAUGAAUUUGACAUUCAGUUGAAUGAGCUGACGUCGUAUGCAAUUAAGGUUCGGCCGCUCCGUGUGCCCGAGCAGCGCAUGCCGCGGCUUGCGUCGAAGGGUCACAGUUGUUAUGGCUCAAAAUCUUGCUCGAAAUAGUUGACUUGGACAAGAUGUGAAUCAAUAUUCUCGGAGUCGCUAAGUAGUACUAGUUCAAUAUAUUUAUAAAUAUGAGUACUAUUGUAUUGUUCUUCUAGGAGCCCUCACUGAAUAUAUGAAUAUUGCCAUAUGACAACGCCCUGCUCGUACUCGGCGAAUUUUCCUGCCAUUUUCUAACCCUUGUCAUUUAUGGUGGUGCAACUGGUGGUGGUGCGCUUGUUCCAGAUGAGCUGCAUGUGCUGGAUUUCAAGGGUGGGGGCAAUUCCGCAUGGAUGCCAGUACCGGUGACAGGAGGCACACCUGGAAAGCGGUACGGACAUACGAUGGUCUUCAACAAACCACUACUCAUUGGUAUGAAUGCAUGAUGGACGGAUCAUGAAACUAGUGAUACAACUUCUCAGUUUUAUGGAAAAAAGCUCAGGAGAGCCAAAGCUGAACAGCCAAACUACUACGAACUGAUUCAUAGCAAAAGAAUAGAACCCCUCGAUGGAGCAAGACAUUUGAACAAUGUGCAGCAGCCUCUUCUUCUGCUCCUCUAAUCCCCUCUGCGGCGGUUCAGUAUCGAACAAAAUUGAGUGUGAUAUCUGGAUAUUAGACGUGGAGCAUUCGCCAUUCCAGUGGACCGAGAUAAAUGUCUCCGGAAAAAACCAACCUCUCCCACGCGUCUAUCAUACUGCAGAGGUCUGUCGUGAAGGUCCAGCGUCGGGGAUGAUGAUUCUUUUUAUGAAUCCGGAAUUGUGAAGUGUUUGAAGAUGUUUGUCUCUAAUCUUUAUCUCUUCGGCUCGACAUGUCUCUAAUCUUUUCGGCGGACGAACGAAAGAUAAUCGGAGUCUGAAAGAUGUGUGGGGACUAAGACAGCAUAGGGACCGACGGUGGGAUUGGGUAGAAGCGCCAACGAAGAAGGGAAGUAUUACUUUAUACUCUUGGUUACUACGAAGAGAGGAAAUACUACAUUACUAUUAUUUUUAAAAUAUAUCCUACAUUUAUAAUACUGCUAGUUGUUUCAUCUUCAUCCAAAUAGACCGCCGUCCUUGAUGUGCACAUAUUUUUCCAAAAUCGGGUCUAAGUCUAUAAUCUAGUACUGCGAUAAUUGAUACAGAUCGCGAUCCAGCACUAGAAGCGCGACCAAUUAUUAUGACAAUACAGCGACCAGUGAAGAAUCGGCGACAUGAAGAUUACAUUAAACUGUUUUCUCUAAAUCAUCUUGAUAAUUAACUCACUACUGAACAUCAAAAAAGUCACUCUCCAAAUAAUGUUAUUUACUCAACACUACCCUCAUCAGAUGCACCAGAAGCGCGUUUUCAGCACAUAGGGUUGUGCUUCAAGCGGUUUCUUCUGAUCAUCGGCGGCCGUGGUUCAGAUGUGAAUAAGACACUUCCGACCUGCAUCUAUGUUAAGGCUACAAUAAAUGCAUCUUCACAGGCAUCCUGAGACCGUUUUUCAAGGGGAAAGCAGGCCCAAGAUGCUGCUGACGAUGGAUUUCUCCUAGUUCCAACUAUGAUACCGAAAGUUGUGAAUGGAAGUCACUGGGAGCUUCGUCAGAUCGUUUCCGGACUGCUGCAUUUAAGGGCUUUGUAUUUUCAUCAAGUUGCCGUUCCUUCUAUACUGUAUCUGCAAUACAAUGUCCUCUGUAAUACAAGGAUAAGGCUCUGAUUUUUUGCUCGCCAAGUAGAAGAAGAUCAAGACAGGUAGAAGGAUUGUGAUAGAAAACAAUAAAUUUAACAUGCAGGACAGAUGGAUAGGUCAAUCACAAACGGAACCGAAACCUCCAAGGAUAAUGGAGAAGAGUGUGCAGAGUUAACCUCAUCUAAUGCAUGGAUAAUGGAGAAGUAUAUGCAGAGUUUUGGUGGGUUCGAGCAUGACAAUCCGAAUUUACCCACCAAUGCCGUGAUGAGUCUGGACUUGGAAGCCGCUUUCUCAGAAGCCGGCUUGAAGUUCCCAGGACCACAGAAAAUGCAUAAAAUAUUAUGAUUUACAAAAAAUUGUUGAAUGUAGACUUUGGAGUUAUCGUCGGUUAUAUCAUGAGACAAAACUUUUGUGCGACUUGGUAAAAAUGUCAAAAAAGAUAUUCAAGAUCAAGGUUUGAAUAUGUUCCACUUGCUCUGUGUACAUACUAAAGUUUUGUGAGUUUUCCGCUAAUUCUUGGAUCAGUAACCGAAGAGCCUGACUCUGACACAGAGACGACCAAGGGGAAGAAAGCGAAAAAAGGAUCUGAAAAAGAUGACAAAGCUAAAGUACAGUUAUAAUACUGAUUUAUUCAGUUUAACUAGGGAAGUUGCUCCUCUGGACCCCACGUGGCAAAUAUAGUGGGCU